AUGGACUCUCUCACUACCCACCCGUCGAACGCGGUUCAGGCACGUGCCUUCACCUCCCCUUCCUCGCUGUCCUUCCCUGGUGGCGCUGGUGUUGGGGACAUGACACCACCUUCCUCUGAGAAGGAGGCUCAAGGUGUCAACAGCCAAGUUGGAGGAAAUGCCAGCACCGGCAACGGGGUGACUCCCGCUACUCCCGCUACCCCCGCUGCGACGCCUGGCGCCACCACGGGAGGCAGUGGCAUUGUGCCUACGUUGCAAAACAUCGUGGCCACUGUCAACCUUGACUGUCGUCUGGAUCUGAAGACUAUCGCGUUGCAUGCUCGUAACGCCGAAUACAACCCAAAGCGUUUCGCCGCCGUCAUCAUGCGUAUUCGGGAGCCUAAGACUACCGCGUUGAUCUUCGCUUCAGGCAAGAUGGUUGUGACUGGUGCUAAGUCCGAGGAUGAUUCGAAGUUGGCUUCGCGCAAGUACGCGCGUAUCAUUCAGAAGCUUGGUUUCAACGCCAAGUUUACCGACUUCAAGAUCCAGAAUAUCGUUGGUUCUUGCGAUAUCAAGUUCCCGAUUCGUCUGGAGGGUCUGGCUUCUCGCCACCACAAUUUCUCUUCUUAUGAACCUGAACUGUUCCCUGGUCUGAUCUACCGUAUGAUGAAGCCGAAGAUUGUUCUCUUGAUCUUCGUCAGCGGCAAGAUUGUGUUGACCGGAGCUAAAGUUCGUGAAGAAAUUUACCAAGCUUUCGAGUUGAUCUACCCUGUGCUUUCUGACUUCCGCAAAAUUUAA